ACAAAUAAAACAAGAAACCUGCAACGCGUUUAAAAGAAACAAAACGCAAUUUAGUUAUAACUGUCCAAAAAACAUUGUAGUAAUGUUCCAUUUUAAAAGGAACAGAAAAGGAAAACACGUGGUGUUACCAUGGUGCUUCUGUAGGGGUGCGCGUGGCUCUGAUAUUCCAGAUGAGCGUGACGCAGGAGUUCCUCAUUAAGCUAAUGGACUGAUCUGAGAUCUGAUACAGUCAAGCACAUCAGAUCACUUACAGAUCAGAUCUGAACGCGCGUCGGACCAAAGCGAGCGAAGCAUAACGUUACAACGCGCCGUCGACGCAGACGUGAUGUAGAGACGCGCCGCAGGUGAGACAUCUGAUGCUCCGCUGCCGGAGAUGAGAUCCGCGGACGGCGCUCGGGGGAUGCUGCUGUGAGGAAGAUGAUGUUUAUGGUGUCUGGAGCGGCUCUGGUGCUGGCCAUCGUGUGUGUGUCCGACAUGAACGCGCUGCUCGACCGAUUUCACAACUUCAUCCUGCCGCGCAUGCGCGGACCCGAGCGCGUGUGUCACUGCACCUGCGGCAGGCACCGUGUGGAGCACGUGAUCCCGUACGAGGGCUCGGUCUCGGCCAGCUCCGUGGGCUCGUCGGGGGGGAGCAGCGUGAGCAAGCAGGAGCUGGACCUGGUGCUGGGUCUCCUGAUGGGCUUCUGCAUCAGCUGGAUCCUGCUGUGGCUGGACAGAGCUCUUCACUGCGCACUGCGCUUCUGGAGGUCCAGCAGACACUGCGGUGCAGACGGUGAUCUGUGGCGCUGGGUGUCGCGCGUGUGGAACCUGCGAGAGCUGCGCAGACGACUGCAGUCGCGCCGGACGGAGGACGCCGGGAAUAACGUGGUGCAGGUCAAACAGAGGCUGUACCACAACGGUCACCCGAGCCCUCGCCGACUCUGACAGACUCCGCCCCCUGAGCUCUCGCCGCCUAU